AUGUCGACACUUAAAGAUGAAGACAGCCCAAAACAACAAAUAAAUGAACAGUCAUUAACACAAGAUCUUGAAAAAAAUCGAGAAUCACUUAAACGUAAAUUACAAACACGUCGAUCACUUAAACAACUUGUUGAUGUUGGUAUUAUGCCACCACCAAAAGCACCAUUACCAUUUUAUGAACAACGUAAACAAUUACAAAUGCGAAAAACACAAGAUAUAUUAAAAAAUAAAAUCAUAUCUCGACCUGAUCGUCAAUUAUUAAUUGAACAUAAUAUAUUGUCAGAUACAACAGCAGCACCAGCUAUACAAAAAACUCAAUGUCAAUUAAAACGUGCACGUUUAGCUGAUAAUUUAAAUGAUAAAUUAGCAGCACGUCCUGGAAUAUUAGAAUUAGUUGCAAGUAAUAUUUUAGAAAUUGAUCCUAAUCUUAAAGAAGCUAUACAACAUGGACGUAUUAAAUUUCCAACAACAAAAUCACCAUCAAAAGUUACAAUAGAUCAACAACCAAGACCAUUACGUCCAAAAACAUCAUCAUUUUCAAAUACAAUCAAUGGACAAUCGUUUCCAACAACAACAAUAACAACAAAACGCUCGUUAGCAUCAACAUCAAAAAUAAAAUCAAGUUUAACAUUUCAUGAAUAUAAAGGACCAUCACAAAAAGUUGAAAUAACUAAAGUACCAUUACAACCCACACCAUCCCUUAUUGUACAACCAGUACAAGCAACACUUUUACCACUUGUACCAUUAGAACAACAUAAUAAACUUAAUGAAAAUCAUUACAGAAUACAACUAAGACAACAACAAUUAUUUCUUGAAUUACUUCAUAAUAAUAAAACAAUUGAAAAUGAUGAUAAAAUUGAUGAUGAUAAUAAUAAUAAUAAUAAUAAUAAUCAUAAAGAUACUAAUAAUGAUGAUAAUCCAAUAGGUAAUCUACUUCAACAACCUAUUGAUGAUAAUGUUAAUUUAUUAACAACAAUAUCUGAUGAAAUUCAAACAUUUGAAAAAAUGAAAUUAGUUGAUUUAAAAAAUGAAUGUAGAAGAUUAAAUCUAAGUACGACAGGUACAAAAAUGAAGUUAAUUGAAAAAUUAAGAAAUGCUAAAAUCAACAUGUCAGAUACAACAAUUAUUCCAUCACAAACAAUAAAUAAUGAAACAUCUUCAACUCAAAUGACUAGUCCAACAACAUCAUCAGUUACAUUCUUAAUACCAACACCUUCAUUAAGUGAUCAAGAACUUUAUCAACAACAACAGCAAAAAAUUAUUGAAUUAGAGAAUCAAUUACAAAAAUUAAAACAACUUGAUUCGUUUUCACUUCAAACAUCACAUCUUAUUCAACAUGUUGACAAUUCAACAACAAUUCCACCGAAAUGUAAUCCAAUUGUAUCUGUCGAGCUACAAAAACGUGUACUUUUACAUCAACAAGAAAAAUUAAAACAAAAAAUUCAUGAUGAACAACAACAACAGCAACAACAGCAUUCAAUAGUUCCUUUAACACCUGAAUCUGUUGCACAAUUUCUUGCAAAUCAAACUCAACCACAAACGUCAGAUAAUCAUCCAUGGUCGAUACAUCAUUCAAUGUCAGCUCCAACUUUUCCAACAUUUAUGGAUAGUAAUUAUUACGAUACAUGUCAUGUGACCAAUAAUGAAACAAAAUUAGUCGAUGAUGAUGCUAUUUUAAGUUUAUUGGAUGAUUUUCCUGAUUCUUGUUCAACAUUACCAUUACAUCCAGAUGAUUCUCUAACAAAUCCUUCCAAUUCCUAUGUAUCAUCAUCUCCUAAUACACAUAUGGAUUGGUUACCAAUGAUAACAUCUCCAACAAUAGUUAAUGAUUUAUAUGAUGAUAAUAAUUCUGAUUUAACACAAUUUCUUAAUCAAUUUGGCAAUGAUCAUCAUCAUCUAUUUGAUACAUCAUUGUCAUCAUGUCAACAACAAAAUGUACUUUCAUUUGAUUUACUUUCUCCAUCGAGCCCAAUGAUUUAA